CAGGCUUCUCCUUCAUCUUCACCCGAGUUCAACUCUUUAUAAACCCUAGCCAAAAGAAAUUAAAAAAGAAAAAGAGAGAAUUAUAAUGUCAAAUUUCGGCUGCCAUUUUUUUUCCUUUACAGCUCCAGACUUGUCAGUAUCCAGAGACUGAGCACGAAAAAGUGAUAAUCUUCUUCGAAAACGGUUACAGCAUUCAGUAACGUAUAAAAAGGGUUCGAAACGGUUACAGCAUUCAAUAUCGUAUAAAAGGCAUUGCAGGUUUCUAGUUCAAAACCAUUUGGUUCAUUUAAUAAUCUUAUCACAAAAGCGGCCAUGUAUUAAAUUUCAAAUGAAGGUGUUACAGGACUCAUCGAAUUCGGCAGAAAUAAAAUUUUCAACGCAAGCAUCACACGAAUCACCGAUUGACCAACAAAAUGAACGGUCUGAGGUUCUUGGUUCAAGCAACAAUAGUAGGAAAAUUACUCGGGAAGAUAUUGAAGUUGUCCAAAACCUGAUUGAAAGGUGUCUUCAACUGUAUAUGAAUAGAAGUGAGGUGGUAAAUAUUCUUUUGAAUCAAGCUAGAAUUGAGCCUGGUUUUACAACCCUAGUGUGGCAGAAAUUGGAAGAAGAAAAUGCAGACUUUUUUAAGGCCUACUAUGCGAGGCUAAUGUUGAAGAAACAAAUUACUGUGUUUAAUCAAUUACUCGAGCAUCAGUACUAUCUCAUGAAGUCUUCUGCACCUCCAAGGGUUCCAUUAGCUCCAGUUCAGAAUGGGAUUCAGCACAUGUCAGUCAACAAUGUGCCUAUGGGAUACUCCAUGCUGCAUCAGCCUCCUAUGCCAUCAAUGGGUCUUCCCCAGAUUGAUGUGGUAAAUGGAAUCCCUGCAUCAGGUCUUCUUCAUCCAAUGCAAAUGAACUAUGGGAAAGAGACCGUGAUAAAUAGAGGCUCAGCUGAACUAGUUUCUGCUGUCCCUGCUAUCAAGUCAGAGGUGACUUUAAGUCCUGCAUCAGCUACAGCCAAUGGUCAAUAUCCUUUCACCUCAACAGAAAUAUCAGAUUUGGGAAUGAAUGCAUUAGCGCUCGACUCUGUGUAUACAUCACAAGUACGAAGUCCAGAGGCACUGCCAGUUGGGCCCAAUUGUGGGACUUAUAGUUCUAAGGAGUCUCUUCAACCACUUUGUCAUAUUCCAUGGAAUUUUAGCUUCUCAGAUCUAGCGGCAGACUUUAUAACUGCGGAAGUGGAUCGUGCGCAGCUGGGAAAUUAUGCAGGAUCUGAUAUAUUACUUGAUUCUCCAGAGCAAAACGACAUCGUUGAGGAGUUCUUUGUUGAUGCUGUUCCUGCCCCCAAUGCUCGAACAGAAGAAAAAUCUUAAUUUGAACAGCAAGGUUUGACUAGUUAGAUUGAGGUAGGGUUUUAAGCUGUACAGAAGCAUAUCAACGUAAAAUUUGGAACCUCAGGAAUAGGCUGGCAUGAAGUUAGUUCUCUGUUAUAAUUUUCUUAUCUUUACUUCUUAGCCACAAUUUCUGCUUGGCCAAUUUCUGAAUGCAGUCACAAAUUACGUUGAAAAUUAACGUAGUUA